AUGACCAUAGAGCCAUGCCCGAUCACAAGUGUCCUUUCUUGCCGCCAUUCCUCCCUUGCUGCGGUGUCCACUCCUCUGUUGCUGGGAGGGGCGGGGGUCACUCCUGUGAUGCCUCAUCAUAUCACGCGCGUGCCCGCUCACCACGCUCUUCUGUGGGGCGUGGGUCACUCCGUCGGCAGACAGGUCUCUUAUCGCCCACCUGGCCUCAAGCUUUUUCCCCAUCUCCCCACUCUCCCCCCUCCCUCCCCUCUCUCCCCCGUCUUCCCCAUCCCCUCUCCCCACUCUCCCCCUUCUCCCCCCUCUCCCCCCUCUCCCCCUUCUCCCCCCUCUCCCCUCUUCCCCCCAUCUUCCCCCGCUCUCCCAUCUCCCACCUCUCCCCACCCUCCCCCCGCGCCCAGGGGGCGGGCGAGCUGGUGGUGGGGCUCUCCCCAACCCAACCCUCUGCCUUCCCUCCGCCUCUCCCGUCUCUUCCCCCCCUCUCUACUUCCCCCUCCCUCCCCCCAGGGGGCGGACGAGCUGGUGGUGGGGCUGCCGGUGUCGUGGGAUCGAUCCGAGGGCCCACAGGCCGCCACGUGUCGGCAGUUCGCACAAUCGCUGGCCAAGCCAGCUGCGGUGGAGGGGGUGAGAGUGUUCCUACAUGACGAGUACAGCACGUCACAAGAUGCUCUCGACCUCAUGAUCCAAUCUGGUCGUGGCAGGAAGGACCGGCAAGAGCUGCUCGAUGCCUUUGCUGCUGCUGUUCUGCUGAGGUCCUACUUCGAGUCCCAGGGGGUCAACGCCACUGCAGUGCUGCCCAAGAGUAAACUGCUCCAACAGAAGCUCUGCUCCCUCCAACACUCUCCCGACGCCGCUGUACAAGAAUCCUCUGCUGCGUCCGAACCCCUGGGAAUACCUGACUCCUCUUUAGUUAGAGCAUCUGCACCUACUCAAGGCUCUGCAGGCUCUGCUGCUGCAGGCGUGACUGCCUCUGCAAUGCCAAAAGCAGAGGAAGGGCGCCAUACAGUCACACCGCACAGAGGCACGUCGAGUAACAAGGGAAAUUCACGGAGCAGCAAGGUAUCAUCGGUUGACAGUGUGCAGGGAGCUGCGGGCGUUAGUGCUCGGGGCAGAGGCAGUGGGGAGAGGAGGAAAAGGCCUCUUGUUAGUAAGCCUCUAGCUGCCAUGCAGGCUGUGAAGAGUAGAGAUGCCUAUGAUGAGGAUGAUGAUGACAGCCUAUUUGAUGGUGACUGGGAGGCUGUGUUCAAGCUAAAGUAA